CCUCCUCCGCCGCAGGUCCCAGCGCGGCCCCGGCGGAAGAUGCGCGGCCGGCGGUGAGCGGCGGCGGGGCAGAGGCCGCAGCCCGAGGCUGGCGGGCGGAGGAUGCGGGCCGGGCCGCCCCGCCGAUGAGAGGCAGGAUGGGCACCCAGGGCAGCCCGGUGAAGAGCUACGAUUACCUGCUCAAGUUCCUGCUGGUGGGGGACAGCGACGUGGGCAAGGGGGAGAUCCUGGAGAGCCUGCAGGACGGCGCCUCCGAGUCCCCCUACGCCUACAGCAACGGAAUUGAUUACAAGACCACUACUAUCCUGUUGGACGGCAGAAGGGUCAAGCUGGAACUCUGGGACACCUCAGGGCAAGGAAGAUUUUGCACUAUUUUCAGAUCCUACUCCAGGGGAGCCCAGGGAAUUCUCUUGGUGUAUGACAUCACUAAUCGCUGGUCCUUUGAUGGGAUAGACCGAUGGAUAAAGGAAAUAGAUGAGCACGCCCCAGGUGUGCCCCGGAUCCUGGUGGGGAACAGGCUGCACCUGGCCUUCAAGCGGCAGGUGCCCACGGAGCAGGCGCGCGCCUACGCCGAGAAGAACUGCAUGACCUUCUUCGAGGUGAGCCCCCUGUGCAACUUCAACGUCAUCGAGUCCUUCACCGAGCUGUCCCGCAUCGUCCUCAUGCGCCACGGCAUGGAGAAGAUCUGGAGACCCAACCGAGUGUUCAGCUUACAGGACCUGUGCUGCCGAGCCAUCGUGUCCUGCACCCCGGUGCACCUCAUUGAUAAGCUGCCCUUGCCCGUCACCAUCAAGAGCCACCUGAAAUCCUUCUCCAUGGCCAACGGCAUGAACGCCGUGAUGAUGCACGGCCGCUCCUAUUCCCUGGCCAGCAGCGGGGGCGGCAGCAGCAGCAAAGGGAACAGCUUGAAGAGAUCCAAAUCCAUCCGGCCGCCCCAGAGCCCCCCACAGAACUGCUCGCGCAACAACUGCAAGAUCUCUUAGCAGGAUGGGCACCCCGAGCUUCUGUCGGCUCCGCGCCCGCCCGCCCGUGUACAGCUGUUUGCACACCGAACCCUUCUCCGCUGGAUCCUUGCAGAUGGGCCACGGUUGCUUUUCCAAUGGCACGCACGAGCGUUAGGAAUGUGCUCGCGUUUUGGCUUGGCAUAGGAAGAAGCAUGGUGCCGGCUGGAUCCCGCAGCGCUGGCGGGGAGAGGAUCUGCCAAGUGACCCUCCAAGAAUGCUUUGGGCUUUGCCUCUUGGCCUGGGGUGGAAAAUUCAGCAGCUGCCGGGUUAGGGAGGGGGGAA